ACAAUCACCACCGAAUCUACGCCUGGAACCACAGUCACUGAAUCUACUUCUGAAAUGACAAGCACCACCGAAUCUACUUCUGAAAUGACAAUCACCACCGAAUCUACUGAAAUGACUACAGUCACCAGUGAAUCAACAACUUCAUCUGAAACAACCACUACAACUUCAGGUUAUCCAAUUCCUCCGCGAAAGAUAUGUUUAAAAAAGUUUUGGUUCUUGUUUUUUUGGAAACCCCAUAAAGUGAAGGUAAUUAAAAAUUAUAAAUGCAAAGUAACGUGCGAAUAUGAAUUUGAACACUGGCGCAAAGAAUUCAUAUAUCGAAAAAACGUAACAAAACCCUUUUGCGACUUAAUCCACCAUUGGUUCAAUUUUGAUGAUCAUCAUUGGUUCCAUUGACAACUUAAACAAAGUACAAGUAAUACAAUUUCUUAAUUACAUAUUCUUGCUACCUUUUGUCACAAUGGAUUUUUUAAUGUUUUUGUAUCUUAAUCAUCUCUUUUACAGUGAAGGACUGUUCUUAAAUUUAUGUACAGUAUUUUCAUGGUACACAAAGUUGAUCGACAUAGUUUUAGGAAACUCUUAUGUUGUAAAGUAAAAACUAGUAAUAGAAAAUAAUGUAAUUGAUGUUUUUCAACUUUCAUUAUGCAAGCCUCUUAUUUCUACAUGCAUUAGUAAAGUUUUAUUUCCAUACGCUUGUAGUCUUUCAAAUAAUAGUCAUUUCAUUGACGUACUCGAAUAAAAAAUUAUUUUAAAAAAUGGUAGCUCAAUACAUUUUAUCUUGCUUGCAAGAGAUCUGUGUAUAAAACAUUGCAUAAUAAUGAUGAUUUUCACACUUUGACUCUCAGAAUUGUUCAUCCAUACAAAGAUCACAGUAAAUUAAAAUAAUAAAUUCAUAAAAAUAUCAUAAAUUACAAGUUUAAAAUAAUUUUAUUAACAUAUUUUAAUAAUUAUUUUAAUUUUUUACUGAAGAUUAGUUUUUUUGAGUAGAACUGAUAUA